UUCCCUCUUCUGUGCACAGCUGAGGGCCCCGUGCCCCGGCCAUGGCCUCCAGCCGCAGCUCUCCCUCAGCGCCUCGCGCUGCAGGAAUCUUCCACAAAGAGCGAGACGAUCCACGGCUCAGGGUCAGAUCUCUGCCCGACGUCUGCCCCAAGGAGCCUACAGGUGAGGGGCGUGGCCUGUGCGGCGGUCCGUCUGUAGUGGCGGAGCACGAGCCCUGGACCGUCUACAGUUCAAAGGUCAAUCUCCCCGCGGCUCUGAACGACCCCCGACUCGCCAAACGAGAGUCCGACUUCUUCACUAAAACAUGGGGCCUGGACUUCACAGAGACAGAGGUGGCUCCGUGCUGCCACCUGCCGUCCAUCACCAGAGACGACUUCAGCCACUACCUGCAGGAGACCGCACAGAGGGAGCGCAUUCACGAACGCUGCAAGACGAUCUGCCCCAACAAAGACGUGGACUCAGUCUCCAGUGUCAACAUCAACCACGAUAAAACUAAAUCUGAGCUUGAACAAGUCCCAAAGAUCUUCAUGAAGCCGGAUUUCGCCCUGGACGACCCCGGCACCUUUAACGCAGUUCUGCCCUGGUCUCAUUUUAACAGCGCUGGGGGAAAAAGCAGCAGAGACGUGGCCUCCUCUAAACUUCUGCAGGAAAAGCUGAGCCACUACCUGGACGUGGUGGAGGUGAGCAUCGCGCGUCAGAUCUCCCUCCGCUCCGAGGCCUUCUUUCACGCCAUGUCGUCCCAGCACGAGCUCCAGGACCGUCUGCAGAACACACAGAGGGCCGUGUCCGUCCUGAGGCAGCGCACCGCCGACAUGGACCGGGUCAUGUGCCGGGGGCCCCUCAGCGCGCUCAGAUCCGCCCUCACGCGAAACAACUGCGUCAAACUGCACAACAAACUCAAGCUGAUGGCCGCCGUGCACCAGACCCAGCCCACCGUGCAGUUACUCCUGUCCACCUCCGAGUUCGUGGGGGCGCUAGAGCUCAUCGCCACCACCAAAGAGGUGCUACAGCAGGAGCUGCAGGGAAUACACAGCUUCAGACACCUGGGCUCUCAGCUGUGUGAGCUGGAGAAGCUCAUUGAUAAAAUGAUGGUGGAGGACUUCAGUAUUUACGCUCGGAGCGAUCUGAACCGCAGCCUGAGGGACGAGCCUCAGGUCCUGGAGAAGGUUAAGACCCCAAACGCUGCCACAGAGAAGGAGCGUCUGGAAUCACUGGUCUUCGGUUUGCUGCGUCAGAGGAAGCUGGACUUUCUGGACAUUUACAACGAAGAGAUGAUUUCAGCUGCGAAAGCCAUCGUCAACCAGUGCGUGGCCGACUGCGUUUUACAAAUAGAAGAAAUUGACACUGAAGUCGUCACCAAGCUGGCCGAUCAGAUGCGCGUGAUGACGUUUCCUCAGUGGUUCGAUCUGUUGAAGAACGUCUUUGACUGUUUCCUCCUGUUUCUGCAGAGGAUCAAGUCGACUCUGACCGUGAUCCGUAAAGUGGUCCUGGAGGCGCUGGACUCUCACCAGAAGCACAAGGCUUUCGAGGCCGCCGCGUCCGACCCCAGCGAAGUUUCCCAGAAUGCUUUGCAGCUGCAGGGCGCGGCGGAGCUGGCCUACCUCACUCACGAAGGCCUGUUCAUCAGCGAUGCUCUGAACGAGGCCAAACACGCCGAGCAGAGCGGCGCGCAGGAGAGAGAGAGCAGGCAGCAGCAGGACACGGCGCAGACUGCAGGGGGCGCUAACAACAUAUCUGCCGAUAACAUGAUGCCGUCUGAGCUGGAGUUAAACAGAGUCCUGAACAACCUCCAGGAGGCGCUGUUUACUGCGUCUGACGUCAGCCACGACCGCUGCGUCAAACUGCUCACCGCCAGAGCCAAGGACGGGUCCCUGGAGCGGCUCUCCUCUGCAGAGUUCGUGUGUUUGUCCCGGGCUGUGGAGCAGUUCGUCAGAGACACGGAGGAGCUGAGCGGCAGACGCAGCGUCAGCUUGAGGGGGGCACUGCAGAACCAGGCCAACCGCUUCGUCCACCGCUUCCACGAAGAGCGCAAAACCAAACUGGGUUUGCUGUUGGAUAACGAGCGGUGGAAACAGGCCGAAGUUCCCGCUGAGUUUCAGGAUUUGGUGAACUCCAUCGCAGAAGGAAGCAUCUCUCUCCCAGAGCGGAAACUCUCAGGUCCAGACGACAGGAAACCCACUGAGUUCCUCCUGGUGAACGGGCAGAAGUACGCUGUGGUCGGGACGGUUCUGCUGUUGAUCCGGAUGUUCCUGGAGUACUGUCAGUGUGUGAACGACAUCCCGUCCAUCUCCACAGACAUGCUCACCAGACUGUCCGACCUGCUCAAGCACUUCAACUCUCGGAGCUGCCAGCUGGUCCUGGGAGCCGGGGCUCUGCAAGUCGUGGGCCUCAAAACCAUCACUACAAAAAACCUGGCGUUGGCGUCUCGGUGCCUGCAGCUGGUGGUGCACUACAUUCCUCUGAUCAGAGCUCAUUUUGAGACCAAACUUCAGCCCAAACAAUUCAGCGUCCUGCGUCACUUCGAUCAUAUCACUAAGGAUUACAACGACCACAUCGCUGAGAUCUCUGCCAAACUCGUAGCCAUCAUGGACAGUCUGUUCGAGAAGGUUUUAUCAAAGUAUGAAGUGAAAGCCCCGAUGCCCUCCUCCUGCUUCAGAAACGUGUGCAAACAAAUGGCCAAGAUGCAUGAAGCCAUCUCCGAUCUUCUGCCAGAGGAACAGACUCAGAUGCUGUUUCUGAGGAUUAACGCCAGUUUUAAAAUGCACUUGAAGCGUCAGCUGUCCCGACUCGGAGUCAUCAACGACGGAGGACCUCAGCACGGGUUGGUGGUGGUGGACGUCGCGUUUUACACUGAAAACAUCCAGGUCCUGAAGAGCCUGGAGCGACUGGACCUGAACAUGGCCGAGAUCUGGGAGCAGAAAAGGUGAUGGCAGAAGAAAGCGCUAAAGAAGGACGGGGACAACAAAAAACAAACAAAAGAAACACUGCAAACGGACUUACGGCGGGGAAAGGUGGCGCCAGAGAGCCACUAAAAACAAAACGCUGCUAGACGUUCACUACGGCGAGCAAAAGGGACCAAAAGUCGAUGAAGAAAAGCGAGUGGCUCCACCUUAAAAAAACUUUAUCUCCACAAACAGCCUUCUCUCCUCACUGUGUGCAAUCAACAGGACGUUAUUUAAGGCGGCGCUGUGAAGAUUAUGUGCAAAAAAAAAUAGUAAUGUUAUAAUUUAUUUUUCUCAAACGUUGUCUUGCUUCAGGGUCGAGGCGCAAGAAUCAAUCUACACACGAUAGCUAAUAAUACGGUUUGGUUUUUAAACGCAGAGGUGAU